AUGAAGUGAGGCUCAAAAACAAUCUUCAUCUCUCUCUAGUCUCUAGUCUCAUCUACCGAUGGCGAGCAGCUGUAAUUUCGUGAGUGUUCUAGGGGUAUUUUUGGUCAUGACUUUGUUCUACUAUCCGAUCACUGUCGCCGGACAAAAGAAUUCCGGGGCGGCAUUGUUCACGUUCGGUGACUCCAACUUCGACGCCGGAAACAAACAGACUCUCACCCAAACGAACGUUGCGCAAGGUUUCUGGCCGUACGGAAAAUCCCGAGAUGAUCCCAACGGCAAAUUCUCCGACGGUUUCAUCGCUCCGGACUUCCUCGCAAAAUUCAUGGGAAUUCCGAACGAGAUCCCGCCGGCACUUAAACCGAACGUCAAUGUCUCACGUGGAGCUAGCUUCGCCGUCGCCGAUGCUACUCUUCUCGGAGCUCCAGUAGAAUCUUUGACUCUGAAUCAACAAGUGAGGAAGUUCAAUCAAAUGAAAGAAGCAAACUGGAACGAUGACUUCAUCAAGAAGUCAGCGUUUAUGAUAUACAUUGGUGCUAACGAUUACUUGAAUUUCACCAAGAACAACCCUAACGCCGAUGCAUCUGCCCAACAAGCUUUCGUCACUUCCGUGACCAACAAGUUAAAGAACGAUAUCAGCUUGUUGUAUUCAUCAGGAGCUAGUAAGUUCGUGAUCCAAACACUGGCACCAUUGGGUUGCUUACCGAUAGUCAGACAAGAUUACAGCACCGGGAUGGAUCAAUGUUACGAACCUCUCAACAAUUUGGCAAAACAACACAACGAGAAAAUCGGACCGAUGUUGAACGAAAUGGCUAGAACCACCCCUGGUUUCCAGUUCACCGUCUUCGAUUUCUACAGUGCCAUUCUUCGUAGGACGCAAAAACCCUCAAGCUAUCGGUUUUUCAUGACGAACUCAUCGUGCUGCGGGAUUGGAACACACGAUGCUUAUGGUUGCGGUUUACCUAACGUGCACUCGAGGCUAUGCGAGUACCAACGAUCUUACUUAUUCUUUGAUGGGCGUCACAAUACCGAGAAGGCACAAGAAAUGUUUGCUCAUCUUCUUAUUGGAGCCGAUAAAAAUGUGAUCCAACCGAUGAACGUCCGUGAGCUCGUAGUUUACCCUGUCGAUGAACCUAUGACUGAGGUUUGGUUGCCUACAACGUCAGACACUGUCCAGGCCAGCGACUCUAGCUCGUCAUCUAGCCGUGGCUACGAGUUCUACUGAGUCUCUAUAAAUCAAUCUUUUUUUUCGGUCAAUCUGGUUUUCACAAGGGUCAUGAGUUCUUUAUAAACGUAUCGUCAACGGAAUCAUAAUGCUUUUAGCUUGCAAUGUUUUGAUUUUUUUUUUUCUCUAGUGAGUUUGCCACUAUAAUAAAAGAUUGACAUUUUAC